GGGGUCCUUUGACGUUACAUUCAGCGUCUUGUUUUAUUUUGGGAAAUUAGCUAGCGGAUCAACCUGAAUGCGCGCACACUCGAAAAAAGAGUUUACUUGACAGCAAAAACGCCCAGGUUGUAGUGCAGUUUAGUGGACUGCACGUACAAAAAGAAAAGAUCUCUGUUCGGUUUUCCGCUGGACGUGGGCAACGAUCUCCCCCUACGGGAGAUUAGCUAGUUAGCAGUGUUAGCCUCCCGGUAACUGGGAUUAGCUAACGGUAGCUAGCUGGCUAACAAGCUAAUAACAACAACAAAACACUGGAGCUGUCUGCAACUGCAACCAGACCUUCAGAAUUAUGGCCGAGUCAUGUGGUAUGAUUGAAGUCACUGUGAAGACUCUGGACUCCCAGAGUAGGACCUAUAAAGUGAGAGGAGAGCUGACAGUGAAGCAGUUCAAGGAGCACAUAACAUCCUCCGUGGAGAUCCCAGUAGACAAGCAAAGACUCAUCUACCAGGGCAGAGUGCUGCAGGAUGACAGAACGCUGACUGAGUACAAUGUUGAUGGGAAAGUAAUACACUUGGUGGAGCGUGCCCCUCCUCAGGCCACUAUGUCUGGCUCUGGAGGUGCAGGAGUAUCCACAGGGGGUGCAGAAGGUGGAAGCAGCACCAGUCACUCCUCCACCUCAUCUCAGGGUGCCCCACAUGACCGCAACGGUAACAGUUAUGUGAUGCUGGGGACGUUCAACCUGCCUGUUAACAUCAUGGAUCCUCAGCAGAUACAGAUGUCAGUUCAGCAAAUGAUGGCUGGAGUUGGUGAAGCAGGAAGGAAUGCAAGGGUCAGCACUGGCACUGGGAGCAAUGGAUCAGUGGAUGUGCAGAUCAACUUGGACCAGUCAGUUCAGAGUGAGCCCAGGAUGCGGCUGCAGCUGGCUGAGAAUCUGCUUAGAGAUGCCCGCUCCCUGAUUCACAGGCUGGAGGGGGUUUCCACUGAUAGCGCCUCCCAGUCUGAGCCAGAGGUACCUCAUUCUUCUUCUUCCAUGCCUCCAUCAUCAUCAUCCUCCUCAGCCAGAGGGGCUUCAGCAUCACAGCCCAUGGACACAGCUGUUCCUCCUGCUCCAUCAUCCUCUACUUCUACCCAAACUGAAGGACCACCCAGCACUGGGCCAAACCACCCUAGUCCAGCAGAGUUUGUGGAGGUUCUGUCUGAGGUCAGGAGGGUGGAGGAGAGGCUCCGGCCCUUCAUAGAGAGGACUCAUUCAAUCCUUGGUGCAGCCACCUCGGCAGACUACAACAAUAAUAUUGAAGAAAGAGAGGAGGAUCAGCGUGUUCUCAACCUGGUUGGAGAUUCUCUGCGUCUCCUUGGCAAUACUUUAGUCGUCCUUGGUGACUUGCGCUGUAACCUGGCGACCUCUCCUCCGCGUCACCUGUACGUGGUUCGCCCAGUGGCCCACUACACCCACCCUGUCCUGCUCCAGGCUGGUCUGCCACACAUGCCCAUUCCAAUAAACCUGGGAACAACAGUAACCAUGACAUCAAAUGCGAGAUCUGCUGUGGACGGACAGCGCCAGCCCUCUCAGACCAGUGGCCAGUCAGAUCAGCCGGCUCCUGGCCAGGCUCCACCUCUUCAGUCAAACGGGACUAGUCACCAGCAAGGACAAGGGGGGCCGAGAGUUAUCAGGAUCACCCACCAAACCAUGGAGCCAGUGGUCAUGAUGCAGAUGAACAUUGAUGGUGAUUCAGCUGGGGGGUCUCAAGUCCCAAGUCAACAAAACAGUGCAGAUCCUGGACACCCUGGAGUCACACCGGUCCAUUUCCCAGGACUCCCACCUGAGUUCAUGCAGGCAAUCGUCCACCAGAUCUCCCACCAAGCUGCCGCCAUGGCCGCCGCCGCCUCAGCGGGCCAGCCUCCACACAUGGUGUCGGGUCCCAUAUCUACAGUCAGCACUGAUGGAACCACUCCCCCUCAGCCCCCUCACCCUUCUCAGGCCAGGGUGGUCAUCACCAGACCGUCCUUCUCCCCCCGCAUCCCUCAGCCUGCAGGAGCCAGAGGAACCACCAUCAACCUGAGAGCCACAGUUCCUACAGUAGGCCAGCAGCCCGGACAGGGUACACCUCUAGCUCCAUCCUCCCUCACACAGAUGAUCAGUGGUCUGGUCGGACAGCUUCUGAUGCCAGGACAGUCGGGUGAUCCCAUGUCGUCUUCCGUCAACCCUCAGCCCUUCUACUCUACCUCUUCUUCAUCCACCACCAUGCCCCCUCCCCAUACCUCUGCUAACACCUCUGGGCAGACGUCCACCCACACCACUAGCACUGCCUCCAUGGGUCAGUCAGCAGAGGGCUCCACCGAGGGGAACCUUGCCCAGCUCCUGGGCUCUCUACUAGGAGGAGCAGCUGGGCCGGGACCAGCACCUUCUAUUACUGUGACCUUGCCAGGAGUUCCCACAUUCUUCCAGGGCAUGUCGGACGUCACACCACCUCCCAGUGGCCCCGGGAACCCAGUCCCCCCUCCAGCCAGUGGCCCGGUCCCACCUCAAGCCAGCAGUGGUGCAGGAGGAGACUCUCUGAGCCCAGAGCUGUUCACUGGCAUUGUACAAGGAGUGCUGUCAACCAUGAUGAGCUCUCUAGGAGCCCAGCAGGGCAAUGGAGAGAGCAUUGCCCAGUUCAUCCAAAGGCUGUCUCAGACCAGUAACCUGUUCACCCCUGGGUCUGGAGAUGCCGUUGGAUUCUUUGGCGACCUGCUGUCCCUGGUGUGUCAGAGCUUCUCCAUGGUGGACAUGGUGCUGUUGCUUCAUGGGAACGCCCAGCCGCUGAGCCGCAUCCAGCCCCAGCUCACGGGCUUCUUCACAGAGCACUACCUGCAGGGGCGUGAGCCGACUGACGAAAAUAUAGCUACGGCAGCAGAAGACCUUAUCAACGGCCUGGAGGAGUACAUAGCAGAGAGCUUUGCCACAGUUACAGUGCGAGAAGGAGUGGACAUUGUUCAGACCAACUUAUCCUUCCUCAGACAACAGUUCACACAGAUGGCCUCUCAUAUCCUACGCUGCAACGAUCACACAUUCGGGCCUCGUCUGCUGCUACUCUGCACUCAGGGUCUGUUUGAGUGUCUGGCUCUAAACCUCUACUGCCUGGGCGGAGAACAGAGCGCUCUGACUGCAGUCAUCAACCACCGCAUUAGGAGGAUGUCUGCUGAGGUCAAUCCCAGCCUGGUCAACUGGUUGACCAGUAUGAUGUCUAUGAGGCUGCACGUCAUUUUGGAACACAACCCAGUUAGUGAUGAAGAAAUCCAGCACCAUAUUAUCUACACACAGAAUGAACUGCACCAGAGGACAGAGGCUGAGGUGGAGCAGCGUCCUGACAGCCAGAAUGAGGAGAUGGCGGAAAGUCUGUCUCCAGCUCCAGCCACCACAGCAGAGGAGGCCAUGGCAUCAUCAGGUGACAACGCAGAGAGAAGACCCCCACCUGGAGAGAACAGAGUGUCAUCAGGGGACGCUCCAGCCCAGGGCCCAACAGGACGUGAGGAGGCAGCCCCUGAGGUGGAGCCGUGGGCUGCAGCUGUUCCACCAGAGUGGGUUCCUAUCAUCAGACAUGACAUGAUGUCUCAGAGGAAGAUCAAAGCUCAGCCGCCGCUGUCUGACGCUUAUCUGCACGGGAUGCCAGCCAAGAGGAGGAAGACGACCCAGUGUGAAGGACCACACCUGUCUCUGUCAGACGCAGUGAGUCGUGCUGCUCGAACAGCAGGAGUCCUGCCGCUCACUGGCGCCAGCAGCCUGCAGGGGGAGCUGGAGAGGCCAGAGCUGCAGGAGGCCUAUGCCAAACAGGUAAAGAGGGACAUCAAAGAGCGAGUGAGAGACGACCCGGACUACAACGCCCAGCGAUUCCCCAACACACACAGAGCUUUCUCCUUGGAGGACUCGUAACUGUCCACAGCCCUGUAGCACAGAGAACAAGAGAGGCCGAUCCCACAGCAGGAUCUGUACACUCUACAUGCAGCAUGGUACAUGUAGGACAGUGCAUCUCAUCCUUAACUUGGCCUGAUGGUCUGCCGCCGCUCACCGGUUCUUCCUCUCGCUGCUUCAGGGAAGAACUGAAUUCAACUGCAGACCAACAAGCCCAUCCAGCACAUGGAGGUGAAACAUUCCCUGCGCUCUGACAGAGGCUGCACGGUUAAAAACACUGAGAACAUCCACAUCUCAUUACAGAGGAGCGCCAGAGCCACAGCAAAAUAAUGUCAGUGGGUAGUCACAAUAAAGUCUGAGUAUUCUUAGAAAAUCAAAAUUAAGAAUUUAACAAAAUUUCUUCAGAAAAAAGUUCAUUGGCAAGUUCCUCAGUAGUUCUGAAACUGCCGGUUUAGAAUACUAAUAAAAAUCCACUGCCAGAAAAAAAGACAUUUUAAGAAUAAAGUUGUAGCUGUUUUUGGAAACAGCUGAUCAUAGUAAAGUCGUAAACAUAUGAAAGUGAAAAGAACAAAUACGCUAUAAUGGGAGAUUACAGCCAAUUUUCAUGAAUAAAAGUUCUAAAAUAACAGAGAAGUUUCUAUUGUUUUGAAGGAGAAGGUGUGGGUUAAUCCAAAACAAAUCUGUAUCACGGAGAACCAAAAGUUAGUGUAUCAUAACACCAUGAAAAUAAAAGUUACAAAAUGAGAAAAAAACCCAAAACAUUCAUGAUAUGAAAUGAAUUUGCAUCAUAAGACAAACAGUCCUGUUACAAGUUAAAGUUGUGAUGAGAAAAAGAGCAUUUUGUGAAUAAUUAUGUGGUCAUCUGAGUUUUACAUUACACAGGUCAAAAUGUAAAUAAGAGGACAGGGGACUUCAGUAUUUAUCAAGAAUGGACAUAUUAUAUCCCUCAAAAUAUUACAACUUUAUGAAGGCGUAUUAGGGUCACUUUAGGUCGAAAGGGUUUUUUCCAAGCUAGAGGCGGGGGUGGGGGGGGGGUGGGGGUGACAUUUUGACAAAACCUUGAUUUUCUACACUAAAGUUAUAAAGUUAUGAAAAAAAAUUCAGAUAUUCUUUGACAAUGAAGUGGUAAAUUACAAGAAACAAGAAGACUUUUUCUGAGAUUAAAAUGUUAUAGAAAAGGAAAAUAAGGUGGAUAUUCAUAGUAGCAUAUUUAUGAGGAAAACAGAUUAUAAAGUCAUAGUCCCUCCUCCUGCUUGAAUAUUUUUACCCAUGUGGCCCCAACAUGCUGAUGUACAACUUUUUGCUCUAUAAUCAAAUUAUUUUUUCAGUGGUCCUGAUACUCUGUCCUGUACUGCACAUAAGAAGUAGCUGUAUCAUAUAUCUGUAUAAGGCAUAAAACUGUAAAUGAGCUCAUACUGUACAUAGUAAAUAGAUAGUGAUGUCAUAGGACUUGAUCAGGUGUUGCUACUGUGGCGUCAGACUAGACAUCUGGAGCUUCAUUCCUUUCGUUUGUCCACACAGAUGACUGUCAUGUAUGUGUGGAGGGCAGUGUCAGCCACGCUGCUGUCUGUACGGUCUUUUAUGUGUUCCACUGUAGUAUAACAGACGCUCAUGGUAGUUGUGUGAUGUUUAUCCACAGCACUGCUGCAAAAUGUCACCACUUACUGUGUGCUUGUACAUCACAGAAAUAAACAAACCUUUAAUUCUA